GCCAACAAACCAGACUAUUCGAGCAGGCUGCAUGGCUACCAGAAGAGUACCCCGUCUUUCGAUAAUGCACUGGGAGGUCCGACGAACGGGACCCUAGAGGGGUACACCAGGACAUGGGGCUCAAUUAUGGAGGGCGUCGACAUCAGCCACCUGUCUUUGGAGGAACAGAACAUAUUGCGGAAUGUCUUCGCCCGCCAACAAGAUGAGGAGACGAGGGAGGAACAGAUUUUCAGGAAGUCGCAGGCUGACCUUCAUCUGCUGGAAGAGGCCAUCAACAUCCGGCGUCGAGAGAAGCGCUUUGACCUGCACGCCACCUGCAAUAUUUGUUUCAAAACAAAGUUUGCUGACGGUGUUGGCCAUAUUUGCCAACAAUGUGGCGUUCGUUGCUGUGCCAGGUGCGGCUGCAAAGUGCCAUUAAAGAAAAACAAGAUCUGGCUUUGCAUUCUGUGCCGUAAGAAGAAGGAGCUGGCUAUUAAAUUUGGCAAGUGGUUACAGAAUGAUAGAAAGGAAAGUUGGGGUAGAUCGCGUAGUCUGGAGGAGGAUUCAGAGAGGAGGCUGGAUGCUGGCGGAUUUCUUUCGAGGCAGUUUACGUCCUCACUUAACAUCACCACUCCUAACCUUCCUCCCUUUUGGCAAGAAGAGAAGAAAGAUCCCCAGAAACCUGAAAGACCUGAGCCUCUAAGAUAUGAAAUGAAAUCUGCACAGUCGUACAUCACACAGCAGCAACAGCAGAGAAAGCAUCGACGUCGGUCGUCCCUCGAAAUUAGGAAUGAUUCUCUCAGUUCAGAUCAAUCGGAAAAUCCUCCUGCUCGCCCCAAACCUCGAAAGUCAGGCAAUGGUGGACAUCGUCAGAGACGAGAUGGGCCGAGCAGCGGUUCUGAAGAUGACGCCCGAUCCACUCCUUCCUCGUGCAGAGAUUCAGAAAGUGAAAUAUACAAGGGGAAUGGCCAUCGGAGGCACCCCUGUCACCGCACAGAGCCCCCUCACGUCCUCAGGUCUCGUCCGUGGGACGGAGGGGAUGGUAACACAAAGGAUUCUGGCAUCGACACCAGCAGUAGUGCCACUCUAUAUGAAGACACACAACAGCACAAUGUGUUCUGGUCAAGAUCAAAAGGCGGAGGGUACAUAGGAAAUAUGGUGCUGAAGAAGGAACUGGGACCAGAUGGACGAACUCGUCAAAAUGUAGGGAUGAGGGUGGUUGGUGGUCAAAUAGUAGAAGGCAUCAUGCGGGCAAUAGUAGAGAACAUAAGAGAGGGCAGCCUGGCAGAUCGAAUAGCAAGAAUAGAACCUGGAGAUGAAGUGGUGGAGUGGAAUGGAGUGUCUUUUCGUGGUCGCCGUAAAGAAGAAGUGGCCAACAUCAUUGCUAUUUCUAAGAAUGAUCCCCAAGUGCAACUACUUAUUCACAGGCCUUGCGGACGGAAUGCUCCAAAUGUUGCAGAGGAGUUACCUUGUGAUCUGCGAAGGAUACCUCCACCUCACUUAGAAGUCCAUCCAGAGGCCAUGAAUAGAGGAGGUAUGUUCCAUGAUCAUCAUCAGAGGUACUACUCCAGGUACUCAUCCUCAAGGCGUUCUAAUUCAGUAGUAGGAGGACAAAUACAGGUAAAGUUAUCUUGCGACCACCAGAAUUCUCACCUCCUUGUAACUGUGGAGUGUGCCAAGAGACUCCCACCACGCCUCAAUACUGAACCUAGGAGUCCCUACUGCAAAGUUGUUCUUCUUCCCAACAGACCUGGUGAACAGCCUAAAAAGGGUCGUUCUAUAGCUGUCUUGCAUUCCAAUGAGCCCCAAUGGCACGACACCGUCAGGCUGUCAGACCUCCGUCUCUCCCAGAUCAAACAUCGGAUGCUUCAAAUCACAGUCUGGGACUAUAGCCCAAAAGGAGAACUCAGUGAAUUCCUUGGAGAGGUGGUGAUUCCUUUGCGUUCGAGUAUGAAUAAUGAGCCGCAGUGGUACCUCUUGUCAAUGCACAGGGACAACGUGAUUAACCCAUCUCCUCCAGAAUCCCCUGAUAGAAGACUUUCCGACGACGACUUGUCGGACUUCGAUGAAAAGUUCAGCGAAAGAACCGAGCGUCGUAUGAUGGCCAUUGACAGUUGUUCUCCCUUCUAUGAAGGGAUUGAUCGGCAACCCUAUGAAAUGGGUGGACGAUCAAGAUCUUUAAACUCUCCUCCUAUCUCCUCCUCCGAUUACCCACGUGGAAGGAUCAGAGAGACCGGAUUUGAAGAUAGAAGGCGAUCCAGAUCCAUGGCGGAUUCAUCAGAGAGGAGAACGCCGGUUCACGGAUCUAGGUCUGUCUCACCGCCACAAUACAGGGCAGCUCCGUUCCAUCAUUCUCGACGCCUACUGCCAGCAGCAUCCUCUUCUAAUAACCAGUAUAGGAAACGCCAAUUACCACAAGUACCUUUCUCCAGGAUUGAUAUAGAAGAGCGAUACAUGAAGAAAGGAAAGAACCCAGCAGUUGCCGUUACCCCUCCUUCUGGUGCUGAGUUCCCACAGCGCCGUGGGGGUGGAUCACGAAUGGCAGCAGCAUUGGGGGUGAGCAGCUCUUUAGUUAGUCCCGACGACUCAGAGUCAAGUUCCAAGUUUAGCCUCAGCAGUGCCUUUCACAGAAACAGUCGCACUCUCGGGGAAUUCACGGGUCGUUCUUCAGCAUAUGGGGGACCGGUCCAUCCAUCAUCCCGAGAUGCAGAAAUGGAUGGCAGCUUGUCCGACACAGCUGUUGGACUGGCCACAGAUAAUAAGACCAUGAUUCGACGACCCUCCACCUACUCUGCCACCCCCUACCUUUCCAAAAAGAGCAACAGCACUUCACAACUGAGUGUCACAGGGAACAAGAAGAGGAUUUUCUUCAGACUUCGUAAUGAUUCCUCGUCUUCCUUUGUGGUGCGUCGGAGCGAAGAAGUCUUGCCGGAUUUCAGGGCCGGCAGCAGUAGUGUCUCCUCCGAUGGCAGCAUUAGCGGGGACAGCACGACAUGGGGAUCGAGACUUCUCCCGGAAGCGGGCGAGGGUUUCGUGGAAGGAUUAGGCCCAGGUCAGCUGGUAGGGAGACAAGUUCUUGCCUCCCCCACUCUUGGCGAGAUUCAGCUGGCCAUUUGCGAGAGGAAAAGCUGCCUAGAAGUGGAGGUGAUUCGAGCCCGUGGUCUCAUGCCCAAUCCAAAUGCCAAAACUCUUCCAGCUCCUUACGUGAAAGUGUACCUCUUAGACGGGGGCAGGAAAUGUGUUGCUAAGCGAAAGACAGCCACUGCAAGAAGGACAUUGGAUCCUCUCUAUCAGCAACAAUUAUUAUUUUCAGAAGAUUUCAGGAACUGUGUCUUGCAAGUGACAGUGUGGGGUAAUUACAGUAAUAUAGAACGUAAGGUGUUUAUGGGUGUGUCCCAAAUAGUGCUUGACGAUAUUGAUCUAGCAAAAGGAGUGAUCAAUUGGUAUAAACUCUUUCACCAAUCAUCCCUGGUCAAUAAUCUGACGACAAGCAAUGACCGCAGCUCUUUUCUCUCUUUGGAUAGUUUUGGCUGACAAACAAUAACAACAACCAUUAUUUCCUUGUUGCCUUUUACUCUCUCUAUCUCUCUUUCCAGACGAGACACACACACACACUGCUGAUGGCCACUGCUCGGAAUCUUCGCUUUUCGAGGGAAGCGAUAACUUUUGGUGGGCACUCUUGAUAAGAAAGUGUCCACAGCCUUCCUCUCCUCCUCUCGAACUGUGACACACUUUUUUUGACUUUCAUAUUUUUCAAUAAAAACAAAUCAUCCAAAUAAAAAAAAAAUGUAAAUAUUUCAAA